AAGCUGUUAUUGAGACGGUCACGAAAAUGUUUUUACUCAUUCUGUCGACAGAAGCAAAGCGAUCAGUUUAAACUGCGUCUUCAGAGACAAACAUGGCAACUCUGUGAGUGCUUUCACUUUCUGGGAGGAGGAAAAGAGCAGAAAUGAACAUGAGAUGAAGGAUGUCUGCUGAAAGCCCGGAGGAGAGGACGGUGGAGGUGCUGGCGCUACCUGAAGUAGUCGAUGAGGAGCUGCUCUUUCUGUACUUCGAGAAUAAGCGCCGCUCUGGAGGAGGUUCACUCGUCUCCGUGGAUAAGAAGAAGGAUCGAGCGAUACUGGUGUUUGAAGAGGCAGACGCUGCAGCCAGAGUCCUUACCAAAGGUCACCAUGUUCUGCACAAUGCUGAGCUGUGUGUGAGGAAGCCGGCCACCAAGGACCCGUGUCGACUGCUGCUGCGUGGAAUCAACCCCAACACCAACGCUGAGAUGAUAGAUCUCUUUGUGGAGAACAUGAUGGGGCUGAAUCCACCCGACUUCAGCCUCCAUCAUUCACCCGGGAGAGAUCUCCUCCUCAUUCAGCUCAGCCAACCCUUCUCUAAAGAUUUCCAAAGUGUUAGUGCAAAAAUCUCCAAGAGGAAACUUGAUGGAGCCAAGUUGACGCUUGAACAGGUCGACCAAACGGACUCCAUCCUGGUGGAGAAUCUGCACCCUGGCACCAUUUCAGACAUGAUCACUUUGCAUUUUGAGAACAAGGGAGGUGGGAGUGAGAAGGUGAAGGAGAUCACAAAGCUUUCCGAGAGCACCGCCAGGGUGUCCUUUACAAGUUAUGAAGCCGUCGACCUGGUCCUGAAUCAGCCACACAGACUGGAUGGGGCUGAUCUUGUAGUGAGGCCGUACUUUGAUUUUCUUCAACCUGAUCAGAGUUUAACAUCACAAGACUCUGCAGCUGGAGGCGGAGGUACAACUGAGGGAAGCAACGAGGAUCUGACAGAGACUCCCAUGCAGACUAGUCCCUCUGUUGACGUCAGCACAAACAGCCAGACCCCCUCUCAGACGGCUCCAGAGCCACUCCCUGCCCACAUGGCAGAAGAGGAGAAUGCAGUUGAGGUCAUGGAGGAACAAUCGCCGGAAGAAGAAGCACUACCCAGCCAUGUUGCUGUUGCUGAUCCUAUAAAACUGUCUUUGUUUCGACUCAGCACCUUUAAAGAGGACAUUGAAAAGGCUUACCCAGAUUUCACCAUCCAAAUCAAAGACAAUGGCGUGUACAUAACCGGAUCUGACCGGCAGAAGAUGGAGCAGAUAAGAAACACAAUCCUGGACUCUUUUGCAAAAAUAGCUGAGUGUCAUUUAAUCCUGGAGCUAGAGAUGGCUCAUUUCCUGGCACGAGAAGACGUUAGAGAGCAUCUCCUGCACGCAAUGAAUCAAAUGGGAUUAUCCUCUAUGUACACUGUGUCAGGCUGUAACGUGGUGGUGACCUCCCUCAGUCAGCAAUCUGCUAACCAGGCAUGUAGCUUUUUGAAAUCCCAGCUGUGUCACUUCAGCAUACCGAUGGUGGCAGAAUAUGAGUGCAUGCUGUACUGCAGAGAAUGGACUGAGUUCAUGCAGGCUCUGAGUUUCUCCUCCGUAAAGGUGUCAGAGCGAGGGAACAUCGAUGUGCUAACUCUGAAAGACAUGGAGAGUGAGAAGCAGGUUGCAAUCCAGGAGUUCCUCUCUACACCUAUUGAAAGAGAGACAGUCAUCCCUAUGGAGCCAGGCAUGCUGAAAUACAUCCAGAACCACUGUCAUCAGCUGUUGGCUGACAUGGACCAAGUGUCUAUUUUCCCACUAGAAGCAGACGAUGCUUGUGGGUUGAAGAUCCAUGGUCCGGCUAUUGCCUGUCAGAUGGCCGAGGAGGUGCUGCAAAGUGUCAUUUCCUCUGUCCUUACCAAAACCAUCACUGUGAAUGCUCCUGGAAUUACCCGUUUUUUCGCAGACGAUGAGUGCAAGAACCUGAUGAAAGAGAUGGAGAGAAAGUUUUCGGUCUAUAUCAACCCACUGUAUGUGACCUGGGAGCCCCUGGCCCACCAGGAUGUCUUUGAAACUGCAUGGAUGCAGAUGUCCCGCAGAAACUUCCCGAGAGUGUCUUUGGAUGAUUCUGCUGCUGAGUUAAAAUCUGAUUCAAUGCAAACUGAUGGAGCUGCAGACAAAGGCCUUCUAGAGGAGGCAAAGAGACUUGUCCCAACCGUCGAUGUAAAACUUGAAGAGGGGGUGUCAGAUGGACUGGAUGGUGUGGAAGAGGAGGACCUGUACACAGCAGAGGAACCACCGGCUGUGGCAGAUCAGGACUCUGGUGCGAUGCUUGUGGACACUUCCCUGCCUACAGCUGGAGAAAAGACCACCCAGCUGAAUGAUGGAGCUGUGGGCCUUUCCAGGGAACUUGAAGAAGAGGCUCAGCUGUCCUUAGCCAUCCAGUAUUCCAUGGAGUCAAGCGAUUGGUCUCUAGAGGAUGAGGAGGAGCAGCUUAAAAGAGCCCUGGAGCUGUCCAAGACAAUGGUCCAACAUGCUGACAAGAGCCCCCGUGUGGACAAGCCGAGGAGACAGGAUAUGUCCAUACAGGAAGCCAUUAAGGCAGCCAGCACCUUACAGCUCUUUGUAUUUGCAGGUUAUGCCUGUGACCUGACGAGGGUGGACAUAGCCUUUGGGAAGAAGGUUUCCCAGCGACAGGUGGAAGAGAGAGUGGAGCACCGGACUGUAAAGAGAAUGUCUGAGUACCACAAGAACUGUCUGGAGAUGAUCAAGAGGAAGCAUGCAGUAGAUAUCCAGGUUCAGGGUACCAUCAUCACCGUUUCGGGCUUCAAGGACUUUGUAUAUGGAGGAAUGUUGGAUGUGAAGCUGCUGCUGGAAAAAAUGCCAAACUACGUGUCUGACAGCGAAAUCCUGAGAACUGUCCAGUGGCUGCACGAGAACCCAGCCACUAAAGACUCGAUUCCAUACUCACCAGAUGCGAUAGUGUUCAUCGAGAACAUCUGGAGGAAGAAGCUGACAGAGGUUGAUAUCCUGCUAGACAACCAGCCACACAGGAUAGACUUUGAGAAGAUGCAAGAGUACAACAUAGCUUCAGGGAAAUCUGUGAAGAUCUCCAGGAAGAGGGUGGACGUAGGAGACCUGGAGACGGAAGUGCCAGUGGAGGAGUACUCUCUGCUGUCAAACCUGCCGGAGGCGAGCAAGGUGCACGAGGAAUCUGACGAGUUUCAGAACGUGGUGAAAAGUUUCUACGAGACCAUCCAGGAAUAUCACAGCAAGAUCAGAAUCAUACAGGUGGAGAAGCUCAUGAAUCGACUCCUGUACAAUCAGUACAAGCUGAAGAAGGCCAGCGUGCUGCAGCAGGCCACGUAUCCUGUAGUUGAACGGACUCUUUACCACGGCACGAGCGAGACGAGUGUGAAAGAGAUCUGCGUUCAUGGAUUCAACAGAAGCUUCUGUGGGAAGAAUGCAACCGUCUACGGUCAGGGGGUGUACUUUGCUGUCAACUCUGCCCUGUCUGUCCAGGAUCAGUAUUCACCUCCCAAUUCAGACGGAUACAAAUUUAUCAUGGUGUCAAAGGUUCUAACAGGAGACUACACGAAGGGCUGCCAUUCAAUGAAAACAGCCCCGCUGAAGGAGACGGGAGAUAUACCCCUCAGAUACGACAGCGUGACGGAUGACAUCACCAAACCAUCAAUGUUUGUCAUCUUCAAUGACACACAAGCUUUUCCUGAAUAUCUCAUUACAUGCCAGAGAAUUCAUCGCUGAGAUUGGCCGGUCUGCAGAGAAACGGCAUGAAAUGGAGAAACAAUGACUACUUUCAUUUAAUGUUCCUGCCUUUAAAAGUGCAUUGGAUUUCAUUGAAGGGCUAAUGUGUUGUAGCACACAGUUGGUAGUUUUAUUUUAUGAACAAAAUAUGACGUGUUUUUGUUGAGUGAUCUGUAACUCCGCUUCCUUCAGUCAUGUCUGAUCUGGAGGAACUCAAAAAGCUGAACUCAAGUUGCCCAUUAUUGUUCAGUGUCUUCAAACCUUUCAGCUGGAUAUCGCUUUGUCUUAAAACAGUCUUAAACAUGUGUGACCACAGCUUUUACAUAACAUCUCAUAUGUAUGAGUCAUUGAAUGCAAACAUGGACUGCAGAGCCGCACCAAUAUAUGCCAUCCAUGCUCAAACUUACAAGUUCCAAAAACCAGUUUUUUAAAUGUACCUUUAAUUGAUCUGUUCCACAAAGCUCUUGAUUUACCAGAAUACAGAUAUCUGUAUUAUGCAAUGUGACUAUCAGCAGGACUAAACACCCUGCUGCCUGAUUUAUCACUGAAUUUACAGAAAUUCUGAUCAGACCCUUAAAAUUAGUGAAUGUUUUAUAUUUUUAUUUGCUUCUGAGUUCAGGUACUUGAGUUUCCCUGAGCUAACUCUGCAACAUCCAGGUUCUGCAUGAGUUUUAUUUUUGCUCUGGCCGUGUAAGAAUAGUUAUACAAACUCUAAAGAAAGAGUCACCGAUCCAAAUCUAUUACUCUACCAUUAAGAAAGCAUAAUUGGGAGUGACUGUAAUAAUCCAUUAUUACAGGGAUCAAUAAAGAAAUGUGGCUUUGGUUGCAACUUACUUAAGUAAACACACGCUGAUGUUUUUGUAAGUUUGCCUUGUGCAUUUGUCAGAUUUACUGAUGACCUUACAUUACAUUGUUCUGUCAAUGUAACAAACUUCUGAGUUCUCCCUUUCAUACUUGGGAGCCAUUUAGGGUCGUGAUUUCCUUUUUUAGUUAUUUGUGCUCACUGCGAAGCACCAUUCGUGUGCCUCUCUGGGAGUCCUCUUCCACCAAUGGAGUGCUUUGAUCCAAUUUUUUGAUUUUUUAAAAUUUCUUUCAUUUUGCCCAUUAAUGAGUGUACCAAAGUUUUUCUUUUAAUUUGGAUUAUUUACAGAUGUUGUUGCAGAUUUUUUGUUUCUUCUUUAGAAAUUGAAGUAUUUGGAAAGAUCAUUUUUCUUUGUAUGAAAAUAAAGAUUAUUCAAAUAAGAAA